CCGCGGUGUAAGAAUGUAGCUGGAUUUGUCUCACCUCCCGCCUGACUCCAGGGACAGUCACUUCACUCCGGAGGUCCUGCUCACCAUGCUGCUCCACACCUGCUUCUUCUUUGCCUGCCUGCCUGUGGCAAGCCAUGUCUGGGGACGAGUGGGCCAAGGGUCAGGCCGGCUGAAGCUCACUGUCCUUUCAGAAGACAGGCUCCAGAUGAAGUGGAAGGAGUCUGAAGGCAACACCAAUGGCUACAAGGUUCGGGUAAAGCCCAUGGCAGGGGACUCGGAACAAGAAGUCAUGCUGAAAACCAAGACUCCCAAAGCCACAGUGGGGGGGCUGAGCCCUACCAAGGAAUACACACUGCAGGUCUAUGUACUCAAUGGCUCCCAGGAAGCCUUGUUUGCCAAGAGGAAAUUUGUGAUAGAGGAACUAAAAAAUGCAUCCCAGACUAGGAAUAAUCGAAGGAACUCAGGAGCUGCAUCAGGAAAGAAUCUCACCUCUUCGGGGAGCUCAGCAGCUGAGCACAGUGAGGUGGCAGAGCCCACCCCACCACCUUUCAACACCAUCUUGACCCAGCCAGCAAAAGACAGAACUGAAAAGAAGAGGCAGAAGGGGACCCAGACAAAGGGCUCAGGAGAAAGCAUGAGGAACCAGCCCAGUGCAGAGGGCAGUGUGGCAGAAGCAACAGCAGCACCCACGAGAGCAUCCCAACGCACUCCUACAAACCCAGAGCGAGAGGCUCUAGGAAAAGAGAAGCCUACAAAGGAUUCACUGAAGCAAGGUUCCCAGUUCCAGUGUGACACACCUGCAGUGCUUGAUGUUGUCCUGCUUGUGGAUGGAUCCUGGAGCAUCGGACGCAACAAUUUCAAGCUCAUCAAGGACUUCCUCAGCAAUUUGAUUUCCCCAUUCAGUAUUGGCCAAGACAAGAUGAGAGUAGGGCUGUCCCAGUACAGCAGUGAUCCCCGCACAGAGUGGGAGCUGAGCACUUACUCAACGAGGGACCAAGUGCUGGAGGCCCUGAGGAACUUGCGCUACAAGGGUGGCAACACCUUCACAGGUCUGGCACUGACCCACGUCCUGGAGCACAACCUGAAACCAGAUGCUGGUGCCCGGCUGGAGGCUGACAAGUUGGUGAUCCUCCUGACUGAUGGCAAAUCCCAGGAUGAUGCCAACCUGCCUGCUCAGACCCUGAAAAACCUGGGCAUAGAGAUAUUUGCUAUUGGGGUGAAGAACGCAGACGAGGCAGAGCUGAAGCAGGUGGGCUCAGAGCCGCUGGAGCUCACCGUGCACAACGUGCUGGACUUCCCGCUGCUGAGCUCGCUGGGGGGCAGGCUCAGCAGGCUCCUCUGCGCCAGGCUCAAGGAGAAGAGCAACAAGGAAACUGCAGGCAGCACUGUGAAAGACCUCCCUGUGAACACAGGGCCCCAGCUGAGCCCAAGUGACCUGAAAAUAUCAGCUGUGACCUCCAAGAGCAUGCACUUGACCUGGAGUCCUCCUCUGAGAGCACCAAAGAAGUAUCAGAUUGUGUAUUACCCAUCUAAGGGUGGUGCCCCCAGAGAGGUGGUUUUAGAUGGAGCAGUCUCCUCUUUCCAGCUCUCUAAUCUGACCUCCCACACGGAGUACCUGGUGUCAGUGUUUCCUGUUUAUGACACAGCUGUUGGGGAUGGACUGAGAGGUGUCGCCUCCACAUUGCCUUUGUCUUCUCCUCGCUCCCUGCGUGUCUCUGAGCUGAGCCACAACAGCAUCAGGCUGAGCUGGAAGGCUGCCCAGGGAGCCACGCAGUACCUGGUGCUCUGCUCUGCUGCCCCUGAUGGAGCAGAGGACUAUACAAUGGAGGUGAAGGUGGCCCAGCCUGAGGUGCUGCUGGAAGGGCUGUCACCCAACACGGAGUACUCUGUGGCGGUGUACGCGAUGCACGGGGAGGACGCGAGUGACCCAGCCAGCAUCCAGGAAACCACCCUGGCCUUGAGUCCUCCAAGGUACCUGAGCUUCUCCGAGCUGAGCCACGCGUCCGUGCGAGUCAGCUGGGAGGCUGCGUCGGCGGCUGUGAGAGCUCACCAUCUGGCCUAUGUUUCUAGCAGAGGGAGCAAUGCUGGGGAGCUGGAGGUUCCUGGCACCGCCACAUCUGCUGUCCUCAGACCAUUGUCAUCCCUCACCCAAUACUUCAUCAGCGUCAGAUCCACGUAUGACGAAGGCGACUCCCUUCCAAUUACUGGCAACAUUACCACCUUAAAGGUCCCCCCACCGCGUGCCCUGAAGGUCACUGAGCUCGCUGGGAACAGCCUCCGACUGCAGUGGGAAGCUGUUGCUGCCUCUGAUGUGGUUGUCUAUCAGAUCAAGUGGAGCACAGUUAGUGGAGAGAAGCCUCAGGAGCUCUCCAUUGCUGGAAAUGUGGCCACUGCUGUCCUGCCAGGCUUGCAGAAGAACACAGACUAUAAGAUAUCCAUCUGGGCCUAUUACAAAGAUGGUGCUCGAAGUGACACUGUUUCUGUGCAGCACAGGACCAAUUCCAGGAGCCCACCCACCAACCUCUUCAUUGACUCUGAGACCCCCAGCAGCCUCCAGAUCCACUGGACCCCUCCAGAUGGCCGUGUCCAGCACUACAAGAUCACCUACCACCCUGUUUCUGAUGUUGGUGCUCAGCAAACAAUCAUGGCUUCUGGCAAAAGCAGCAGCCUGACCCUGCAGUCGCUGCUGCCUGAUCGAGCCUACAGGGUGAUGAUUUCUGCCGUCCACUACACAGGAGAGAGCGAGAGCACAUCCACGACGGGCAGGACAGCUCCUGUGUUGUCUAAAUUCCCUUCAACACGAGGAUUUGCUCCAUCCAAAGCAGAGGCCUGCCCCAUCAUCAGCUCCACCAAAGGCUCCACUCGAGGGUUUGAUAUGAUGGAAGUUUUUGGCUUAGUAGAGAAGGAAUAUGCCUCCAUUAAAGGGGUAGCUAUGGAGCCAUUCAUAUUUGCUGGUUCCCGAACCUUCACCCUCUUCAGAGAUAUCCAGCUCACCCAGAGGACCAGUGAUGUCCACCUCUUUGCAAUCCCACCUGAGCACACCAUCACCAUCCUCCUGCGCCUCCUCCCUGACACCCCCAAGGAACCCUUUGCCGUGUGGCAAGUCACAGACGAGGACUUCCAGCCCCUUCUUGGGGUUAACCUUGACCCCAGUAAGAAAACCUUGACCUAUUUCAAUCAUGACUACAAGGCUGAUUUACAGGAGGUCUCCUUUGACCAGCAGGAAGUGAAGAAGAUAUUCUAUGGGAGCUUUCAUAAGGUGCACUUGGCUGUCAGCCACUUCAAGGUCAAACUCUACCUGGACUGCAAGAAACUAGCAGAGAAGCCUCUCAACAGCCUCGGCAGCAUCUCCACCGCCGGCUUCAUCAUGCUGGGAAAGGUGACCAGGACCAGAGGACCCAGGAGUGGAUCUGCAUCGUUCCAGCUGCAGUCCUUGCAGAUCACCUGCAGCAGCACAGGGGCAGAAGAAGACAGAUGCUGUGAUCUCCCUGCGCUGAGAGAUGAGGAGACCUGCCCUACCUUAGCUCCUGUCUGCUCCUGUACUUCUGGUCACCCAGGUUUGCCAGGACCUCCAGGCCCUCCUGGCAGCCCUGGGAGGAGAGGACCUCAAGGGGAGCAGGGGCAGCCAGGACCCAAGGGUGAACCAGGCCCACCUGGACAAGUAGGGCCAGAGGGUCCCAGUGGCCAGCAAGGCUCUCCAGGUUCCCAAGGAAUCACAGUUCAGGGUCCUGUGGGGCCACCAGGAAUUAAAGGAGAGAAAGGAGACACUGGAAGCCCUGGCAUGCAGGGCAUUCCUGGCGUGCAGGGAGCUCCAGGCAAGGAUGGUCUCCAAGGUGCCAAGGGGGUGAGAGGGCUAGAAGGAACUGCUGGACCUCCAGGACCUCCUGGACCAAGGGGUUUCCAAGGAGUGACAGGCUCCAGAGGCAGCAGUGGAGAGAAGGGACCUCCAGGUGACAUUGGGCCAACAGGGCUGCCUGGUCCAAAAGGAGAAAGAGGAGAAAAAGGGGAACCACAAUCCUUGGCCACCAUUUACCAGCUCGUUAGCCAGGCUUGUGAGAGGAUGAUUCAAACUCACGUGUUGAAAUUUGACUCAUUCAUUCAUGAACAUGCAAGGAAGCCUGUUCCUGUUUGGGAAGAAACAUUAAAGCCAGGAGAACCAGGACCACCAGGUCCUCCAGGUUCCCCUGGGAGCAAUGGAGAAAGAGGAGAAAGUGGCAUCCCUGGACAGCCAGGCAAAGAUGGGUAUCCUGGAGAAAGAGGUGCUCCAGGGCCCAAAGGAGAAAAAGGGAUGGCUGGAGUCAAUGAGGAAGGUGUCCAAGGACCCAGAGGCAGAACAGGUCCACCAGGAGAAGUUGUGCUGGGGAAACCAGGUCCAAAAGGUUCUCCUGGGAAUGCUGGUCCUCAAGGUUUUCCUGGUGUCAGAGGGCAGCCUGGGCAGCCUGGGUAUCCAGGGGGUUGUGAUACCUCUGGAUGCUAUGGGGCAGGUAGAAGAGAUUUCAUCCCCUGACAGCUGAUGAGCAGGCAGCGGCAGAUGUUUCCUUGCUCUGAAAAACCUCUGGGUGAAAGCUCCACCGACUCCAAGAGAAGCAGCAACCUGAACAGCAAAUGUGUCUUUUCAAAUGCCCCAUCCUUUCUAUAUGGAGAAGUCAAUCAAACACCCAAAGCCACCGAACCAGCCUGCCUUCAGAUGAGUCAUUCAUCUGCUCUGCAGCACUGCAGUGUUCAAACUCACGUCGCGUGUCCCACCCCGAGAGAAAGCCAGAGGUGCAGGCUGGCAGACUUGGAAGGAAAAGAAAUGAUGUGUUGUUGAAGCUCUCAGAAAUUACAGAUCAUUUUUUGCCCA